AUGGUGCAGCGAGCCAUGCGGGGAAGGGGCUCGGAGGGGCGGCGGGAGCCCUGCGCUCCUCUGCCCGCCCACGACGCGGAACCCGCCUGGUGCAAAACGCCCAGCGGUCACAUCAAGCGGCCCAUGAACGCCUUCAUGGUGUGGUCGCAGCACGAGCGCCGCAAGAUCAUGGACCAGUGGCCCGACAUGCACAACGCCGAGAUCUCCAAGCGCCUGGGUCGGCGCUGGCAGCUCCUGCACGACUCCGAGAAGAUCCCCUUUGUGAAGGAGGCCGAGCGCCUGCGCCUCAAGCACAUGGCCGAUUACCCCGACUACAAAUACCGCCCUCGGAAAAAGGGCAAAGUGGGCACCGCCACCGCCCGCCCGCGUCUCCCGGUGAAGAUCAAACCCUCGGUGCUGGGCCGCGUCCCCGCCGCCCGCAGGCAGCCCUCCAAGCCGCCCCCCGAGCCGGGCAUCGCGCAGCGCCCGCCGGAGCCGCCCGUCGAGGACCGCCCCGGCACGGCCACGUGGAACGCGGUGCCCACCGGCGAGCGCAGCCCCGCGGCCGCCACCAGCCCCGAGCCGCGCCCGGAGAGCGCGUCCCCGUCUCCCGCACCCGCCGGUUCGCCUCCGUCCUCCUUGGGUUCCUCGGACGAGGAGCUGGAGGAGGAGCUGCUGGGCGUGCUGCCCGCGCGGGCACCGGGUGGCACAGCGUGCGGGGCUCUGGACUGGUCCGUCCUGGACAAGGACCUCGAUCUGUUCCCGCGGGGCGCGUCCUCGCACUUCGAAUUCCCGGACUAUUGCACGCCCGAGGUGACGGAGAUGAUCGCGGGGGACUGGCUCAUGUCCAGCAUCUCGGACUUGGUCUUUACCUACUGA